UUUCAGACUCUCAGACUCACUAUGGUGCUGGGUACCAGGACAACACAUCUUUGAAGAAACAAGCUUACAGGUAAAUGAAUGUACGAUGAGAGCUAGGAACAUGCGAUUCUGAAAAAGAAGAAUUUUGAAGAGGGACUAUUCCUAACAGGGACAAGUUUCUUCCUGAAGGAUCUGUGUUUGUUGACAAAGUUUUACUGGAACACAGCCACGCUCACUCGUUUACAUAUCGUCUGUGGCCAGCAGAGCGGAGCCCUGGUGACAGCACACGCGGCCCCCCAAGUCCACGCUAUUUCCUGCCGGGGUGCUACAGCGAGGAUCGCUCCCCCAGCCAGCAUGGCCCAGGUCUUCGUCUACGGCACCCUGAAGAGAGGCCAGCCCAACCACAGCGUCCUGCUGGACGGCGAGCACGGCCAGGCGGCCUUCCUGGGCCUCGCGCGCACGCUGGAGCGCUACCCGCUGGUCAUCGCCGGUGAAUACAACGUCCCGCGGCUGCUGAACCUGCCAGGCACGGGGCACUACGUGCAGGGCGAGCUGUACACCGUGGACGAGCGGAUGCUACGCUUCCUGGAUGCCUUCGAGGGCUGCCCCGACGAGUACCAGCGCACGCUGCUGAGCGUGCAGGUGCUGCAGGGCGACGGCGGCCCCCAGGAGGCCGUGGUGCAGUGCUUCGUGUACAGCACGGCCACCUACCCGCCCGAGUGGGCCCAGCUCCCGUGCCUCGACUGCUACGACUCCCAGGGCCCGCACGGGCUGCGCUACCACCCCGGGGAGAGCCGCCGAUGAAGCCAGCGCAGCCCGUGGCCAAGGCCCCUCGGCUGUGUGCACUCGGCGGGCGCCAACGCAGGACAGUGGCCUCCCAGCAAGUCCUCAUGAGCCUCAACAUGUGGAAAAAGAGCCAAUCGCUCUCUCUGUGGCAGCUGGUUUCACAAAUAAUUUUCCUAUGCUGAUAAUGAGAUUGUCCCGUCAAGCCGUUCUGUCCCAUGCUACUCUAUUGCUUGCUGUUUCGAGAGCAUCAUGGGCUUGAAUGUAUUGGAUGAGAAAAAUUUAGGAUUUUAAUUCUCCUAAUGGCAUUUAGAGAACUCAUGUUAUCAUGCUUUUUCUUUCUUAUUCUUUUCCUUUCGUUUUGCUUUAAUCUGAAGAUAACAUUUAAAAUGAAUAUAAAGACUUCGUGUUGUAGCCAGAUUUCAGCAGCCCUACUGUGUUGAUUC